AUGCCGGGCGCAACUGCAACAGCAACCAGCGCCGCGCGCAAGACCGCCGCAAUGCUGUCGCAUUGGCCGCAAGAUAGUUCCAAUCUCCCCGACGAGGCCAGCCUGAUACAUGACCUCCAGCAGUAUCAAACCCAGCAACAGCAGCCGCUAUCGCAGUUGUCGUCGCCGGACGUUGGCCUCCCGGGUACGGAUUUCGGGCUCUUCGGGCCAGAAUCCGUCCACGAUCCUAGCCUCGCUUUUCUUGAUCCGUCACCUUGGGACACGCUGCCGUGGACGUCGGCCGCUUCUGCGACGCCUCACGUCGGUGCCAGUCCCCUCGACAACUCGAUUGGUCAACCGUUCCCAUUCAUCGACACCCCACCACCAGACCUCUUUGACACAUUCUCCGACCUCUUUGACACAUUCUCCGACCCCUUUCUCUCGGUCCAGCUGGAUCCUACCUUCGGGUCCAGCGAUAACUCCAACUCCAACAGCCCCAACCAGCCUCCGCCCCUGGACAUGUCAGUGUACGCUACUGUUCCCUCGGGGGCCCCCAAAUCCCACCGCUCUUCUCCCAACUCGGACGGCCGCGACUCCGAGAUGGCGACGCCCCACGCCGAUAAAGUCCUCCGCCGGCAGCGGAACACCAUCGCCGCGCGCAAGUACAGACAAAAGAAAGUCGACCGCAUCGAUGAGCUCGAGAGCUUGCUCAAGGAAAUGACGCGCGAAAGGGACGACUUACGUAUUCGUCUCGCUCGUCAGGAGGCCGAGACCGAGGCUCUGAAGAGCAUUAUGGAAAGGGACGCGAAGAAAUAA